GGUUGAACAGUUAUUCCUUUAGGCUUGUCUGUUGGACUGAGCUUUGAUGAGCACUAUUCCGUAUAAGAAGCCUUUUAUAAUUUAUAGUUAGGAGAAAUACUCAUGGGUUUUUAUUUUGAUCAAGCUACCGACCAUCAUUUUCUGUUUACACAAUUAGACUGAAGGAAGACUGUGCGCUGCUGAAGAAAACCACCACCUGCAUCAGGACUGAAAUAAGGUGACCCCAGCAGCACCCUAUGGAUGACUUGGGGCAUUUUGGAGGAGCCCAAAGCAGAGACCCCUGCUGUGAACAGUGAAAAGGAGGAAGGAGACUCAAACCAUGCCUCAAGCCAGGAACUGUUGGAAACUCUGCGAGAGACUCACCAGGCAAGUGCAGAUGAGCCUGCUGAUGAGAAGGGGAAGGGAGCCUGAAUUGGUUCCCUGAGUGAAUGAAGACCAGAAUGAAUGGACAUAUUUCAAAUACCCCUCCUAGUGUGUAUGGAAGUUACUCUUCUCAAAUAAAUGGAUAUGGUUCACCAACGUUUGCUCAGGUGGAGAGGGAACAAAGUUCGAAAGCAAGUGCAAAGGCUAUUUAUGAGCAAAGAAAGAAUUAUGCACGGGACAGUGCCAGCAGCAUAUCCGAAACUUCACAGUAUCAUGUGGAGCACUUGACCACUUUUGUUUUGGACCGGAAAGAGGCUAUGAUAACAAUAGAUGAUGGAAUAAGAAAGCUCAAAUUGCUGAAUGCCAAGGGCAAAGUAUGGACUCAAGAUAUGAUUCUUCAAGUGGAUGACAAAGCUGUCAGUCUGGUGGACUUAGAAUCAAAGAAUGAACUGGAGAAUUUUCCUUUGAGCACAAUUCAGCAUUGCCAAGCUGUGAUGAACACGUGCAAUUAUGAUUCUAUUCUUGCACUAGUUUGCAAAGAACCAGCCCAAAACAAGCCAGAUCUUCAUCUUUUCCAAUGUGAUGAGGUUAAGGCUAGCUUUAUUCAUGAAGAUAUUGAAAGUGCAAUCAGCGACAGCAAAGCGGGGAAACAAAAGAAGAGGCUUGACACGCUCAGGAUGAUUUCCAAAGCUGACAGCUCUAUUCCUCCACCUCCGAAAGCGCCCGCUCCUGUUCCCCCAGGUACUGUCACACAGGUGGAUGUCAGAAGUCGAGUGGCAGCCUGGUCUGCUUGGGCAGCUGAACAAGGAGACUUUGAAAAACCCAGACAAUUCCAUGAGCAUGAAGAAACAGCUGAGAUGAUGGCAGCCAGGAUUGACAGAGAUGUUCAAAUUCUGAACCAUAUUUUGGAUGAUAUUGAAUAUUUUGUUACCAAACUUCAAAAAGCCGCUGAAGCAUUUGCUGAACUUUCAAAGAGAAAGAAAACCAAGAAGAAUAAAAAGAAAGGACCUGGGGAGGGGGUUCUCACUCUUCGUGCAAAGCCACCACCUCCAGAUGAAUUUGUUGACUGUUUUCAAAAAUUCAAGCAUGGCUUUAACCUUCUGGCUAAAUUGAAGUCCCACAUCCAGAACCCUAGUGCACCCGAAUUGGUUCAUUUUCUGUUUACACCAUUAAAUAUGGUGGUGCAGGCAACUGGAGGUCCAGAGCUUGCUAGUACGGUACUCAGCCCUCUCCUAACAAAGGAUACCAUAGAUUUCUUGCGUUACACUAUUGAUAGUGAGGAAGGACAACUAUGGAUGUCAUUGGGUGACACGUGGACUAAAGCCAGAGUGGACUGGCCCAAAGAUCAGUUUAUUCCACCUUAUAUACCACGCUUCAGAAAUGGUUGGGAGCCUCCUUUGCUGAGUUUCAUGGGAGCUCCAAAUGAACAAGAACUAAAUCAGUUGGCUGAGUCUGUUGCAAAUGUUGCAGAGCACCAACGGAAACACGAAAUGAAAAGAAUGUCAGCUGAGCAUCCCAGUGUCCCAGACUAUCCUCCAUCUGAUGGGUAUGCAUUCAGUAACACAGUUUACAAAAGAGGGCCUCUGCUGGACCAGGGGGCAGCUGUUGCUGCCUUUAAACAAACUGUUAGCCGACAUGUAGAUAGAAAUUAUGAAGCACACGGUAAGGCAGAGCCCAAGAGAUAUGCCAAAUCCAGGUAUGACUUUGUGGCAAGAAACCACAGUGAACUUUCUGUCUUGAAGGAUGAUAUUUUAGAGAUCCUCGAUGACAGAAAACAAUGGUGGAAAGUUCAAAAUAAAAGUGGCCUUGCAGGGUUUGUGCCAAACAACAUCUUGGAUCAACUGCGACCUCAGGAACCUGGUUCAGGACAUUCUGAACCUGCAUACAGCCACACCAUACAGAAACAAAGGAUGGAUUAUGUUCUGAAACAACCCGAUCCCAGUCCUGCUGCUCCAUCUCCACCUCCGACACCAGCUCCAGUUCCUGUACCUCUCCCUCCUAGUGCACCAGCACCUAUUCCAGUUCCUUUGCCAAAAGCACCAGGAACCAUUAGUCGCCAAAGCAGCACCUCUAGUGAGAGCAGUGGUACCAUUAUGCGUGACAGCCAGAGACACAAACAACUUCCUGUGGAUCGUAGGAAAUCUCAGAUGGAAGAGGUACAGGAUGAGCUUAUUCACAGGCUUACCAUUGGCCGGAGUGCUGCCCAGAAAAAGUUCCAUGUGCCACGACCAAACAUACCGGUAGUUAAUAUAACUUAUGAUUCCUCUGCUGAGGAUGUGAAAAUGUGGUUGGAGUCAAAAGGAUUCAGCCCAGUGACUGUCAAUAGCCUUGGAGUGCUGACAGGGGCUCAGCUUUUCUCUCUCAAUAAGGAUGAAUUAAAGACUGUUUGUCCUGAAGGGUCAAGAGUCUACAGCCAAAUUACUGUACAGAAAGCUGCAUUAGAGGCUAACAAUGGUAGCUCAGAACUCCAGGAAAUCAUGAGAAGACGACAAGAAAAAAUUAGUGCAGCAGCCUCAGAUUCAGGAGUGGAAUCUUUUGAUGAGGGAAGUAGUCACUGAAUGUCUUUUCCUUUUAAUCCCAUUGUCCUUGGCAUUAUUCCAUCAAGCUUUGUUUUAGGAAGCAAUGAAGGGGAAUGUCUGAUUUAUUAUUUUGUAGACAUAACUUGUUGCCAUAAAGAAACCAUGCAACUUGUCUUGACAGAAGUACCCACUGCUGGACGUUCUUGGCAUUUGAGAAAACCCUUACACGCAAACAUGAGCUUUAGCCUUGUGGAAUUAACCAUUUCAUGCUCUUUGUGGAUAAUCAGAACACAUUACUGCUUUUGAUUCAUUCCAGUGAAGUUGAGCCAGUAGUAAGACAUACUUGGACCUUCAGUAAUAUAAGAGUUUAAAUUCCCUCUGCCGCUGUAGUCUGUGAUUCAUUCCUUUUGUCUCACGCUCUGAACAGCAAGAUGUUCAGAUUUAUUGGAAAGUUCUUGAUGCCAGCAAUCAAAGAUGAAAUGGUUAGAAUGCAAACAGCAGCUCAAGCCUUUGGAACAUAGGCUGAAUUUUUCUUGUACCUCUUGCAAGGCGUUUUAUUACUAAGGAAGCUGUUGAUAGCAAGAGAAUAUAUUCUGUACUUUGAUUUUAUUUCUGUUUCACUGGUUAUGAACCAUACUAUUACACAGCAAGGAAUAAAUAGAAAACAUUAACACACAAGUCAGCUUACAAAGGUGGUUAGACCUGCUUUUGAUAGCCAUAACGGUAUUCACAGCAUCUUUUUUUUUAAUAGAUCUGCAUUUUUGUUGGUAACUUAACUAGUCAAAAGGAAAAUGUAAUCUAGACUAUUUUUUGUGUUGAUCCUAAAUGUCCAAUUUUCUGUAUGUAAAAAAAAAAAGGUUCAUUUAUAAAUUUAAUCUUUUGAAAUAUUAUUGAUUCCGGGGGGGGCAGGGGGGACACUUUCCAGCAAAUGUUAUUUUUGGAAACACAAUUUUUGCCACAAAGUGUUCUAUUGUUUCACUUGUAUAAAGACUGACACAUCAUUUAGAAAGAUUUCAUCAUCUAGUUUCAUUAAUUUUCAUAGUGCCUUUUUCACAUGAUUCAGCUGAAAGUCUGCAAUAAACAGUGUUUGAUGUAUGUUAAA